CCUUAGAACCUCAGGAACCUACAGUCAAAUGGUGUUUCCCCUGCCUGAGGCUCACUGGCUUUCGAGUUGGAUAAUCUGUCUCCAUGCAUACUUAGUCUCUCCCUAGGAGUGUAAUUUAAAGCCAGUCGUUGCCUCUACGAAAUUUCUAGUUUUUCUUUUUUUAAAUAAUUAGGUGAUGCUGAGGGUGGAGCCCGUGUUCUCUCACAUGUUGCAUUGAAAUGGCAGUUUUACCCUCUCCUCAGACUUAAGAUUCCUCGCUUGCAUAUUUGGUUAAGUGACCUGAAGGUUCCCCUGGCUGUUGGCCGUGUUUCCCAGAGGUCUCGCCUGAACUGCUAACCAUUUGCCAUCCGUCUCUCCAUAGGCGAGAUAGCCUCGAUGACCUGCCCUUUUUACAUAUUCACAGUCCGCCCUGCAUGCUAAGACCCCUCCUUUCCCGAUGUUAGAAGCAUCUUAGCGAGGCUGCCUCCCUGCCUUUCAAGUUCCCCUCUUAGGGAGGAGUUCUCAGUUCUCACUUCGUCAAUUCACAUCACCCAGUUUGAUGUGCUCUGUGGCAUUGACCUUAUAUGUAGUAUUACUGCUAGUUUCUCACGUUUCUCUGCUCAGAUGUAAGUUCUUUUUUUUUUUUUUCUUUUCUUUUUUUCGGAGCUGGGGACCGAACCGAGGGCCUUGCGCUCGCUAGGCAAGCGCUCUACCGCUGAGCUAAAUCCCCAACCCCCAGAUAUACAAGGAAGGCCUCAGAAAUGCAAUAGACAAAGAGAUUCAGAGUCAUGGAGCUCAGCGAUGCCAAUCUUCAGACACUGACAGAGUAUUUAAAGAAAACCCUGGAUCCUGACCCUGCCAUCAGACGGCCAGCUGAGAAAUUUCUCGAAUCUGUAGAAGGAAAUCAGAAUUACCCACUGUUGCUUUUAACAUUAUUGGAAAAGUCACAGGAUAAUGUCAUUAAAGUAUGUGCUUCAGUAACCUUCAAGAACUAUAUUAAAAGGAAUUGGAGAAUUGUUGAAGAUGAACCAAACAAAAUUUGUGAAGCUGAUCGAGUAGCUAUAAAAGCCAACAUAGUGCACCUGAUGCUGAGCAGCCCAGAGCAGAUCCAGAAGCAGCUGAGUGAUGCUAUUAGCAUUGUUGGCAGAGAAGAUUUCCCUCAAAAAUGGCCGGACUUGCUGACAGAAAUGGUGAAUCGCUUUCAGAGUGGAGAUUUCCAUGUCAUUAAUGGAGUCCUGCGUACAGCGCAUUCACUGUUUAAAAGAUACCGGCAUGAGUUUAAGUCAAAUGAGCUGUGGACUGAGAUUAAACUUGUCUUGGAUGCCUUUGCUCUGCCUUUGACUAAUUUAUUUAAGGCUACCAUUGAACUGUGCAGUACCCAUGCAAAUGACGCUUCUGCCCUGAGGAUUCUUUUUUCUUCCUUGAUCUUGAUCUCAAAAUUGUUCUACAGUUUAAACUUUCAGGAUCUCCCUGAGUUCUUUGAAGAUAAUAUGGAAACUUGGAUGAACAAUUUUCAUACCCUCUUGACAUUGGAUAAUAAACUCCUACAAACUGAUGACGAAGAGGAAGCAGGCUUACUGGAGCUUUUAAAGUCUCAGAUCUGUGACAAUGCUGCUCUCUAUGCACAAAAGUACGAUGAAGAGUUUCAGCGCUACCUCCCUCGUUUUGUCACUGCCAUCUGGAAUUUGCUAGUUACCACAGGUCAAGAGGUUAAAUAUGAUUUGUUGGUAAGUAAUGCAAUUCAGUUUCUGGCUUCAGUUUGCGAAAGACCACAUUAUAAGAAUCUGUUUGAGGACCAGAACACCCUGACAAGUAUCUGUGAAAAAGUUAUUGUGCCUAACAUGGAAUUUAGAGCUGCUGAUGAAGAGGCCUUUGAAGAUAACUCUGAAGAGUACAUAAGGAGGGACUUGGAAGGCUCUGAUAUUGAUACUAGACGCAGGGCUGCUUGUGAUCUUGUACGAGGAUUAUGCAAAUUUUUUGAAGGUCCUGUGACAGGAAUCUUCUCUGGUUAUGUUAAUUCCAUGCUCCAGGAAUAUGCAAAAAAUCCAUCUGUCAACUGGAAACACAAAGAUGCGGCUAUUUACCUUGUCACGUCUUUGGCAUCAAAAGCCCAAACACAGAAGCAUGGAAUCACACAAGCCAAUGAACUUGUAAACCUAACUGAAUUUUUUGUGAAUCACAUACUUCCAGAUUUAAAAUCAAAUAAUGUGAAUGAGUUUCCCGUGCUUAAAGCUGAUGGCAUCAAAUAUAUUAUGAUUUUUAGGAAUCAAGUACCAAAAGAGCACCUUUUAGUCUCCAUCCCUCUCUUAAUCAGUCACUUGGGGGCUGAAAGCAUUGUUGUUCAUACUUACGCCGCACACGCUCUCGAGAGACUGUUCACCAUGAGGGGGCCGAACAACGCCACUCUUUUUACAGCUGCAGAAAUCGCACCGUUUGUUGGGAUUCUGCUAACAAACCUUUUCAAAGCUCUCACACUUCCUGGCUCUUCAGAAAAUGAAUAUAUUAUGAAAGCCAUCAUGAGAAGUUUCUCCCUCCUGCAAGAAGCCAUCAUCCCCUACAUCCCUACCCUGAUCACUCAGCUCACACAGAAGCUGCUGGCUGUUAGUAAGAAUCCCAGCAAACCUCAUUUCAAUCACUACAUGUUUGAAGCAAUAUGUUUGUCUAUAAGAAUAACCUGCAAAGCUAACCCUGCUGCUGUUGUGAACUUUGAGGAGGCUCUCUUCCUCGUGUUCACUGAGAUCUUACAAAAUGAUGUGCAAGAGUUCAUCCCAUACGUCUUUCAAGUGAUGUCUUUACUUCUGGAAACACAUAAAAAUGAUAUCCCAUCUUCCUAUAUGGCCUUGUUUCCCCACCUCCUUCAGCCGGUACUCUGGGAAAGGGCAGGAAAUAUCCCUGCUCUGGUGAGGCUGCUCCAGGCAUUCUUAGAGCGGGGCUCCAGUACAAUAGCGACUGCUGCAGCUGACAAAAUUCCUGGAUUACUGGGUGUCUUCCAGAAGUUGAUUGCAUCCAAGGCAAACGAUCACCAAGGUUUCUAUCUUCUCAACAGUAUAAUAGAGCACAUGCCUCCUGAGUCAGUUGACCAGUACAGGAAGCAGAUCUUCAUCCUACUGUUCCAGAGACUGCAAAACUCCAAGACCACCAAGUUUAUCAAGAGUUUCUUGGUGUUUAUUAACUUAUAUUGCAUUAAGUAUGGGGCACUGGCAUUACAAGAAAUAUUUGAUGGCAUACAGCCAAAAAUGUUUGGAAUGGUUUUGGAAAAAAUCAUUAUUCCAGAGAUUCAAAAGGUAUCUGGAAAUGUGGAGAAGAAAAUCUGUGCAGUUGGCAUAACCAAAUUACUCACAGAGUGUCCAGCAAUGAUGGACACUGAGUACACCAAGCUGUGGACUCCGUUGUUACAGUCUCUCAUUGGCCUGUUUGAGUUACCUGAAGAUGACAGCAUCCCUGACGAAGAGCACUUCAUUGACAUAGAAGACACCCCAGGGUACCAGACUGCCUUCUCACAGCUGGCGUUUGCUGGUAAAAAGGAGUAUGACCCUGUGGGUCAGACGGUGAACAACCCCAGGGUCCAUCUGGCACAGGCACUUCACAGACUGUCUACUGCCUGUCCGGGAAGGGUGAGUGUCUGCACUGUCCUGGGACUCGAUUGGGAAGUCAGAGGUGAGCAGGUGUUAGGCCUGCUCUGUCCAGUUGAGCUGAGGGAAUGGUUUUUAAUACGUGUGCUGGAUGCUGGUUCACACCUUUGAUCCCAGCACUCAGAAGGCAGAGGCAGGCAGAUCUCGAGUCCCAGGCCCAAUUGGUCUGCAGAGCAAGGUCCAGGAUGGCUAGUACUGUUCAGAGAAAUCCUGUCUCAAGGAAAAAAGAAAACAAACUCAAAUUAAGUAAUGUAGUGCGUCAUGUCUUCAAUUGAAGACUGGCCCUUUAAUUGCAUUUAGCUAGUCUUUCAGAGAUUUUUGUACUAUUUGAUAGGUUUUAUUUUUCACACAUAAGGAUAACAUGACAAACCAUGGUGUACCUAGCUAAAAUAAUUAAUGUUUUUGUUGUUGUUGUUGUUGUUUUUUUUUUUUUUUUUUUUUUUUUUUUUGGUUCUUUUUUUUUUGGAGCUGGGGACCGAACCCAGGGCCUUGCGCUUCCUAGGCAAGCGCUCUACCACUGAGCCAAAUCCCCAACCCCAACAAUGUUUUAUCAAUUUUUUUUUCUCUGUACCAAGUUUUAUUAGAAUAAGUAUGCAUAAAUAUUUAACUAGUCUUUUUUGCCAAACAUGGGUGGGUACUGGUUGAAUCGUUGCAAUCCCAGAUGAGUAGGUAGCUGUGAGUUUGGGACUAACCUGAGAUAAGUAACAAGAUUCUGUCCAUAAACUAAAAAAACCUAAUUUUUUUUCUCAACUACAGCACAACCGAAAUUCAUAAUGUGUUUACCCGUGUGUGUGUGUGUGUGUGUGUGUGUGUGUGUGUGUGUGUGUGUGUGUGUACGUACAUGUAUAUGUGGGAGACCUUUGAUUUUUCAGGAGCCAUCUUCAUUUUUGAGACAUGUAUAGAAGUUCACAGAACUACUUGUCACUCUUUUCCUUCUACUGAACGGGUCCUGGGAAUCGAACUUAGUAUUAGGCUUGGUGCUCCGUCCCUCUACCCACACUACAAGUACCUUUACUCGGCUGCCCUACACCCAGUGUUUGGAAAGUAUGGAGUCAGUUGAGUUAGUGACUGGCUGCCCUUUCCCCACACGGCGCAGCAUCUCAUUUAGGCCCCAGUUUGCAUAAAAGAGCCUCCUACACUAUGUGGUCUCCUUCUGCAGGUUCCCUCGAUGGUGAGCACCAGCCUCAAUGCAGAAGCCUUGCAGUACCUCCAAGGUUACCUGCAGGCAGCCAGUGUGACCCUGUUGUGAACUGCAUCUUCCUGACCCAUGGGGGGCUGAGGAUGGUUUCUUAGGAACCAUGUGGACUUCUGAGCACGGCCCUGCUGAAGCAUCACAGGUUUCCAACCUCUUGAACUUGUCAGACUCUCACAGAGGACAGUAAAUACUGCUGUAAGCCAAUGAGGUUUGUCUUGAUCACCAAUAUAACUGAUAACUUGUCUGGUUUGUCCUUAAUGGGACAAGUAUUUACAACCCCAUGUAUGGCCAUGGUCUCUGUGGAGCAUUUGCACGGUUUGGGUUAUUUCAAAUUUUUGUCAGACCGUGACUGUGGAGACUUAUUUCUGUUGUUUUGUUUUGAAGCUUGUAUUUCUCUUGUCUUUGUGUUUGUUGUCUGUUUCUUUAAGCUUUUAUUGGAAAUAUGAAAAGAAUCUCUUGUUGACUUGCAAUGCACAUUUCAUAGUCUGUAAUCAGCAAUAAAAACCCAAAAUGUGUAUCUAAAA